AUGAAGCCCAGAAAUGGCCCUACAAAGCGCAAGAACAAUGUGCGGUCCAAGAGGGAGAAGAGAGACGACGAUGUUAUGAACACGAACGACAGCAGCAUUGUCUCCAAACGAUGUGUGUCCAAGCUCUAUUUCAGCAAUGAACCCGACUAUUACGAGCCAUUCGCGCCCAAAUACGUGCGCCGCAAUCCACUCAUCAAUCGAGGCUAUUGGCUUCGCAUGCACGCCAUCGAGCAGGCCGUGCUGCGAUUCCUAGAGAAAGACAAUGGCAAGCCGAAAGUUGUUGUGAAUCUGGGCGACCCGCUGCCCUUUCAAUUCUGGCAUCGAUAUCCGGCACUGACGAAGCAUGUCACCUUUGUUGAUGUGGACUAUCCGCAGCUUAUGGAAAGAAAGAGAGACCGCAUGCUGACCAAUGGUCUUCUCCGAGAUGCACUGCUGAAGACGCAAGUGCGCUCAUCGGAGCUCCCCGUGUACCUUCGCAGUGACCGGUACAUGGCCAUAGGAUGCGACUUGAGACAUCUUGGCCUUCUUGAAAAGACCUUGCGGGCCGAGCUUGAUGUUCCCUCGUCUUCGGUACUCUUUGUGGCAGAAGUGUCCGCCACUUACAUGCCCGUGGCGGAUUCAGACGCACUCAUCCGCUGGGCAAGCACGCUUGAAGACGAUCAUCCCUUCGCAAAGACCAUGCUCGCCCACUUUAAGAAGUUGCAGGCCUCUAUCCACGCCAUCGAACGGUAUUUGCCGUUGCAGCAACAUAGUUCCCGAUUUACAGAGUCCGGAUGGCCAAGCCUGGAAAUUGCUCGCAAUUUGUGGGACCUCUGGUCGGACGAUUCCUUUACCCCUCCUGCUGUCCGGCGGCAACUCGACCUCAUCGAGCCGUUUGACGAAUGGGAGGAGUUUGCGCUAUAUGGUGGACACUACUUCUUGCUGGUUGCAUCCAACGCGGAGCUAAGGAACUCGACUGAGACAUCAGGGACGGGUGUCACAACAAACCAUGAUGAAAAAACUAAUGGCGCCGAGGAGAUCAAUUUGCUCCAUAUUGAAAGCCCAGCAGAUGACCAGCUGACGCCGCGUCGUUUUGCAUCUGUAUUCAGGCUUGAUGCGGCAGGCGUUGCGAUCCAUGGAGGACAAGGGCAGCGAACACGCCUGUCCAGUGUGGAUGUACUAACACAAGACAAUAAAGCACUCAAGUUUCAGCCUUCCUUUUCGCAGGGGCCUUCUGCACGCAUGUGCCAUACCGUCACAUCAAUAGAUGAUCGACAGGCUUUACUCGUUGGCGGGCGUGGAUCUCCAACACAGGCCUUCAACGAUUGCUGGCUCACUCGGGACGGUGUCUGGACCAAGGUCGACGACUUGGCAACGGCUCGCUACAGGCAUUCCUCUGUGCCUGUGAGAUCCGAGUCUGACGUAUCAGAGGUUAUCGGCGUUUUAGUAUUUGGUGGCAAGACCAGUGACGGCACAGCCUUGGCUGACUGGACUUUCUGGACAGCCAACAACGGAUGGCACAGCAUACCCGUCGACGGUGACGGACCGCAUCCAUCGCCACGUUUUGGCGCCGCGAUGUCGAUGAUGGGCACAGGUAUCACUUCGGGGCUGCUUGUCGGCGGAAUGUGUCAGAGCGGCACAGUUCUCCAGGACGUCUGGGAGUGGACCAUCUCCAUCACACCAACACUUCGUCUAACUUUUAAAGACCGCACCAAUGACCUUCGGGGAGUUGGCUCGCAUACCACCUAUGCGCGGAUAGGUGCCAGUCUUGUUCCGUGGGACAAUUCACUCUUACUGAUUGGAGGUGUUUCGAAAUUCGGGAUCCACUCUCUAUCAGAAGACUUCUUGCUUCUUACGCCUAGUAGCGCGGAGAUCAACAUACGCCAGCCAGUUGUGCCGCUGCCUUCGACGUGGCCACUUCUCGUCGGCAUGGGUGUGGUCGCAGUGUCCCGAGACGAAUUCGUGAUUGCAGGAGGUGGGGCAGUAUGCUUUUCAAUGGGCAGUUUUUGGAACGAUGGAUAUCUUACGGUCACAAAAGCUGGCGUACAAGGUAUGAGAAUGUGGCGUAAGGUGCCGCUUCAGGUCGACGGCACAGCACAAGCGAAGCCACCAGGCGUGCCUCACAAAGGGCAGCCUAUCAAGGCAAAAAAGACCUCCGGCUUGCGGACUGCAAAAGUGCCCCGCAUACAUUCUGAGUCAGCUGAGGCAUUUGAGAAGCUGGUGGCGGCCGCAAAGCCAGUCAUCAUCGAGGGCCUCGAUAUAGGCCCGUGCACAGACCUCUGGACACUCGACUACCUGAAGGUGAAGAUAGGUGUUGAGCGGGAGCUCGUGGUCCAUGAGUGCAACUCAGACCGUAUGACGUUCAAGGACAAGAACUUCCAAUACGUCAAACGGACUACGGGUGAGUUUCUCGACGGCAUAGCGCAAGGCACAAAAUCGUACCUACGUGCUGUAUCCUCGAGCCAACCAAACAAGCUCCCUACAAAACUUGAAGACGACUUUCCAGACAUCGCAGCCGACUUCAAGAUACCAGAGAUCUUCGACGCAAUCACACCUAACAUACACAGCUCACCACUCCGCAUCUCUGGACCCGUCUCUCUAUGGCUGCACUACGACGUUCUCUCAAACAUCCUAUGCCAGAUCCGCGGCACGAAGACACUCCAUCUUUACCCUCCAUCGGAUGUCAAAUACCUUGACUACCCGCCCGGUGGCUCCUCCUCCAACACCGACGUCCUCGCCUCCAAAGACCCCAAACUCCGCUUCACACACCCACAUAUCGCGUCUCUCAAGCCCGGCGACAUCCUCUUCAUCCCACCCAUGUGGAGCCACACCGCAAAUCCUGACGAAGGCGUCAGCGUUGCAGUCAAUGUCUUCUGGAGAGGCCUUGACAAGGGCUAUGCGGCUGGGAAGGAUGUGUAUGGCAAUCGCGAUUUGCAGGCAUAUGAGAAUGGUAGAAGGGAUGUGGAGAAGAUUGUUAGGGCUUUUAGAGAUGUGCCGUCUGAUAUUGCGAAGUUUUAUUUGGAUCGGUUGGCGCUGGAGAUUGAGGAGGGUGCGGGGAAGAUUGGAAAGAAAGGGAGGAGCGCGGAUGAGGGUGCAGGGGAAGGGGAGUGA